AAAUUAGGGGAUUGUCAACUGAUUAAAGAAAUAAAAUAAAAAUAAUUUUAAGUUUUUCUUAACUUUACUCCAUUUAACGCUUUAAUUAACAUAUAAAUAUGAGUGAAAUUAAAGAGGAACAAGAAAGCUCUAAGGAGAGCACAAAGUUUGCUGGAUUCCCAACAAUGGAUGAGUUUUCAAAGAACGGAAUGAAAUUGAUCAUGGAAGCAACAAAGACCAUUAAUGCAUUGCCAUCAGGUUCCUCUCGCGAUCUAUAUUCAACACAUUCGUCAUUUUCAAAGGUUAUGAGUUAUCAUAAUAAUGAUAUAAUUAAUGUAAUUCACAAUGUGAUACAGCAUAAAGGAAUUAAAGGAAACAUCACAAAACGAGACAAUGAAGAGAAAUUUGAGAUAUUGCAAGAAUUUAAUGAUGCUAUUCUCGAAACAAUUAAUUAUAAUUUAGAUGAUAUGCAAGGAAUUAGAAAAAUUACACCAACAAUUAAUGUCCAGGAAGUUAAAGUACCACAAACUCCACAAUAUCAGCUAUCAACGACGAUAGUAACAGCUAAGUUUGAUGCAUCACCACAAAGUGCAAAAUUAAUAACAGCUAAGAACAUUUUACGUCCUCAAACAACAUUCAAAACGCUUGUUGACAAUAGCGCAUUAACGCCGUUUAUUCCUCGGAUUAAGGACAAGCCAAAUUCUUUAAGACCAUUAGCAUUAUUGCCUGAAUAUGAUGACGAUGGAACUAUCAUUAAUUAUUUGCAUCCUUAUGAAUUGGAGAUUGAAAAAUUUGAGCCAACAAAUGAAAUGCUGAUGAAAAGAGAACCACAAGUACCGGAAGAUAUAACAAACUUUCCAUAUAAUUAUGUUGAAACAGAAGAGCAACUUAAUGCAAUGGUAGAGGAACUAAGAAGUGCCAAAGAAAUAGCUGUUGAUCUUGAGCAUCAUUCUUAUCGAACUUUCUUAGGCAUUACAUGCUUAAUGCAAAUCUCAUCUAGAACGAAAGACUAUAUUAUUGAUACAAUAGCAUUGCGUGAUGAACUGCAUAUUUUAAAUGAGAUAUUUACACGUUCAUCAAUUAUUAAAAUAUUUCAUGGUUCAGAUUGCGAUAUUGAAUGGCUGCAAAGAGAUUUAGCUCUUUAUGUCGUCAAUAUGUUUGAUACACAUCAAGCUGCAAAACGACUUGGCUUAGCUAGAUUGUCACUAGCAUUUUUAUUAAAACAUUACUGUAAUAUUGAUGCUGAUAAAAGCUUCCAACUUGCUGAUUGGAGGAUGAGACCUUUACCUGAGAAUCUAUUGAAAUAUGCACAACAAGAUACGCAUUAUUUGCUUUAUAUUUUCGAUAAAAUUGUUAAUGAUUUACUGAGUGCUUCAAAUGAACAAUCAACUCUCGUCAAAGGUGUUUAUCAUGAUAGUAAAAUUUUGUGUAUGAAACGCUACUUAAAGCCGAUAAUUCAUGAAAAUUCAUACAAGGACAUGUUCCUUAAAUCUAAAAGAUCAUUCAAUAAUCAACAAAUUUAUGCAUUACGAGAGAUAUUUUUAUGGCGCGAUAAGAUUGCACGAGAAGAAGAUGAAUCUUGUGGAUAUAUUUUGCCAAAUCACAUGCUUCUUCAAAUUGCUGAAUCACUUCCGCGUGAAAUGCAAGGAAUAUUGGCAUGCUGUAAUCCAAUUCCACCAAUGAUUCGACAAAAUCUUAAUCAUUUACAUCAAAUUAUUCUCAAGGCACGUGAACAGCCGAUUAUUAAGCCAAUCAUUAAUGAUAAAGAUGCUGUACGUCAAACAGUCAACCUGAAUAAUAAGAGAGACUUACUAAAUCAUCCUUUAUAUUCACCACAUGAUCUUAGUCAUCAACAGGAAAUUCGAGAUGAUCUACCGACAUUAAUUGGAAGCAAUAAGUUGAAGGAAUCAUUUAAAGACAUAAUUAUAAAUGAAAUUUCACUUAAUGUCUUUGAUAAGAACCAAAAUGGUUAUGGAAAUAGCCAAAAAGAGCUGGAAAUCAAGUUUAUUUCUCCAUAUCAUCGAUACAAAUUAAUGAUUCCAUUUAUGGAAGCACAAAGAAAGAAGGAACAAGCUGAAGCUGAGGAAAAUCGAAAGAAAAUGUUGGAAGAAAAGAAGAAACAACUUCCAGAACUUGAGAUUGUUAAAAUUGGAAAUGAUGAAGAUGUUGAGGAAGUGCCGUUAAGAGUAGUUAAAAGGAAAUCUGAUGGAACUACACAACAGCAGCCUCAAUAUCAAAAUAAGCGUUGGAGAAAGGAAGCCAACAGGGAGCCUGAAUUGCCUAAUAAUUAUGCAAAUGAAAUGGAUAUAGAAUCAAAAUUACAGGAAGUAGCAACAGUCGUUGAAAACAUGAAGAAUAAGAAUAAAAAGUUCAAUAAGAAAGGAAAGGCUCAAAAAGCAUCAGAUUUUCGACAGAGUUCAAACAAGCCAGUUCCAUUUGAUUAUUCAUCAGUGAGCUAUGACAGAUUCCAAGGUGGAUCUAGCAAUGGAAAUAGCAAUCAAAAGGACCAGAAAAAUAAUCAAAAAUUCAAAGGUGGCAAAAAAGGUAAAGGAAAUAAUAUUGAUAAAAUGUUCAACUUUUCUAAUUUUCGACUCAAUAAGAAAUAGUUUGUCAUGCUGUAAAUGUAUAUUUUCUUUCUUGUGAAUAAGAACUAUUAAUUUUUUUAAUAAACUGAAUUUUAUUAGAAUUUAUGAAUGAAAUAAGAGAUUGAAGUUUCAAGCCCCGCGC